AUGGAAAAAGAAGAAAGUCUAUUAUUAAUGUUUGAAAUUAAUGAAAAGAGUUCACCUAUACACAUGCGUUUUAGUUGUAUGAUUCCGUUUUUAAGUUAUUGUUACAUAAUUAAAUUGUAAUUUAUUAUAUACUCUUGAUAAACACACUAUUUUUAUCAUAAUAAAAUGCUAAAAUUAAUUAGUAUGUAUGAUGUUAUUUUAUACAAUAAUAUGGUGUUUAAAUAUGAUUUGUUUGAAAAUUGCACAAUAAAUUUUUCAUUAAAAUUAAUAUAUAUAAUAUUAUACGCAACAUAUUAGAAAAAUUUAUAUAUUGGAGAAAAUAACAACUUUCUUGUAUUGUGAAAUUAAUAUUUUAAUAUCGUUUUAGUAAUAUCUGUAUAUAAAUUAUAAAUUUUAUGAUUUUAUAAAAUUUUUUGAUCGAUAAAUAUAUUUUAAAGGUCACUAAUUUACCGAUAGUGAGAGUUCAAGGAAAAGGCGGCAAACUCCGUUAUAACAUUGGGUGCCAUUUUGAGUUAUAGUGUUAUUGUGAUAAAACCUGACUUUUAUUAGGUAAUUUUGCUAUUUGUACACAGACGUGUAUAAAGAGAGAUUUACUAUUUAUUUGAAUAUUAUUAAACUAAAGUAUAUGUUGAAAUCAAAUGAAUAGUAAGAAUGUAUAAACUGUUUUUAAGUUCAUGUGUGGUAGUUAACCUGAAACAUAUUCUUUGUUUUCUGUCUGUAUGUCAUUGCUUUAAGAAAUUUUUGUCAAAUAAUCGACAAAUCACUAGAUUUUCAUUAAUCUAAAUUAAUUUUAUUAAUUCUGUCAAAUAAUUGACAAAUGUGUAGAUUUUCAUUCAUUUAUUUUAUGUAAUUCCUGUAUCCAAUUAAAAGUUAUUACAAUUUUAAUAUAUUUUAAAGUAAACAUGCUUUUUGAGGAUUUUAUUCAAGUUUACUAUUCAUUAAUAAUAGAUUUUCUUUAUAUACAUGUAGUUUAGCUAGUUUAUCUAAAUAUAACAAUAAUUUUGUAAGGAAAAUGGCUCGAGCUUUUGUUUACACACGUUCUAUUGAUACAAUCUUUAUGGACAUAAAGAUAAAUGGUGGAACAUAUGUAAGUACUUCUUGAAACUUCAUUUAUUAGUAUGUUGGUAUAUCUUGUUUCUAUAAAUUUUAAGCAAUAUAAUAAACUAAGCUAAUGUUUAUGAAUCUUUGACUGCUUUAAUAUUAUGAAGUUUUAUUUGUUUCUUUGGUUAUUGGAAGCGAACAUUGAUUUCUGAUAUAAAUUAAAUUAAAUUAUUAAAUUGAAAGACACAGGUUUCUAACAAAAUUUAAAAACUUUUAUAAUAAAUUUCUAAAUCCUAGGAUUAUGUUUUUUACUUAUGAUUUGUUACGCCAAUACUUUUUGUAUUAUGGUUCUUCAACUCAUAGAUUGAAAAUAUUCAAAUAAUUGAAGAAAAUCUGCAAUGCAACACACAUUUGGAUUUGUAUGUACAUUUAUAUGAACUGAUAACAAUGAAAGAGAAAAAUUUGGAACAUUAGCUAUCUUUGGAACAAGUUUGAUUCUAGGGUGUUCUAGAACAGAGUGUCCAUGUAUUGGUAGCACAAGCAAGGAAGGUUUGAUUAUACAUGAAAAAAUAUGAAUAAAAUUGAAAAUGAGGAAUAAAAUUUUUUGUAAGAUGUUUAGUGUGAAAAUUAAUCGUUUGAAAAUUUAUCAUUAUUUAUUUGGCUGAUUUUAGAUCAAAAAAGAAUAAUUAACAAGAGCUUAUUCUACGUGUACAAAUAAAUUGAAAACUUAAAAUAAACUUUUGAAUAUUUUUCUUUAAAAAUUGCUUUGGUGAAUUUUCAAACUCGAAAACGAAAAAUCUUAGAGAAAAAUUAUAUUUUUUCUUGUCGGUUUAUUUUUUCAUAGAAUAUUUAUAAAAUUUUUCAUAGAAUUUUGUAGUAGAAUCAUCUCAUUUCAGAUUUGAAUUUCGAGAAUUUAAAAAUUAGUUUCGAGCCCUAAUAUUGGACUUUGCAAUACGUAGAGGAUGGAAUCGAAAUUUUUAUGUUAUUCUAAGGUCCUAGAAUUACUAGACAUGGGACUUAAUUCGUGUAUUGACCAAGAUUUUCUUAUAGCUAGCGUUACUGAAAGCAUUGACUCAUGAAGACUAUUGGGCGCCUAGGAAAACUUAGCAAUUCUAAUGGAACUGUAUAUUUAUACAAAAUUGAUCUCUGUCUCUAUCUUUGAAUUCUAUCAUCAUUUUGAAUUUGAUUUUUGAAAUAAUGAUUAUAUAAGUAAUAUGUACAAAACCAAAUAUGAUUGGCAUACAAGAAUAUCUUAAUACAAAAAUUACCAAGCUUAUAUCAGAGCUUAUUAUUGUUCCUAAUCAUUUUUAUAUAGAUUCAUAUAGAUUUUUUCAUGAUUUGGUUUAGAACAUUUUUCUUUGCCUUUUUUUUUUGUGAUUAUCCUUAAGUGGUUUUAAUUUAUCAGAUCUCUGCCAGAUGUCUCUAGUGUAAGUUAUGUUCUUCAUGAUUAUUUCUAAACAUAGUGUCUAGUUCUAAAGAUAGUUUUAAUAGUUACAUUCAUAUCAUCAUAUAUAUUUAGUAAACUUCAAUUAGUAGGCUAGAACAGUUUUAUAGAUUUCUUGUUCCUUAGGAUAUUACAUUAGGUUAUUUAUAUAUCUUUUUCAGUCCUUCAAACAUGGAAUGCAAAUAAAAGAAAAGCGCCAAAUCUGUGAUAAUGUGUCAUCGGUUGAUACGAGUACAAGAAAUCAAAGUGAUGUGAGUACAACAAAUCAAACAACAGAUGAAUCUUCUGCACGUGUUAAUUGUGCAAAUCAAAGAUCUGUGUCCCCUGAAGAGAGUGUUUCUCUAAUAAAAAACAAUUCAAAUGAAAAUAUAUCAAACAAACAGAACCAAACAGUUUUUAACGAAGAAAAUGGUAAACACAAACUGUCUCGAAGAAAGAAACUAACUUGUGAUGUUUGUUUUUUAACUUUUAGAAAUAAAAUUUCUUCGGAAAUGCAUAAAAAAGUAUAUACUUCCAAUGUGUUCAAGUGCCACAAAUGCUCCGCAAUCUUCCAUAAAUCAUAUUCUUUGACUGUUCAUUUGAGGAUACGUACUUGCAAAAAAUAUACGACUGGAUAUAAUUGUAAUUUUUGUAAUCGAAGGUUUUCCUAUAAAAAGCAACUCCAGGCUCAUUUAUUCCAUAUACACCGUGACGAAAUAUUUCCUACCGAACGUAAAACUGUGAAAAUACCUGUUGUAUCGUUAAAGAAGGCGAAUUGCUCGGACGAUAUAUUAGUGAAAUCUAAGAAGGAGGACCUUAGUCGGAAAACAUUUCAGUGUCACAUAUGCAAGAAAUCAUUCUUUUUGAAGGAGAACCGGCGCGAACACAUGAAACUGUUUCACUCAAUCUAUAUGUCCAGUAUAUGCAAUGCACGUUACACAUCCAUGAAGAAGUUACUAAGUCAUUACAUACGUCAACAUGUUGUGUUCAAACGAAAGGAAUGUUGCGUGUGUUACGAAAAUUUUAACUCGUCAGCCUUAUUGAAGCGACACAUGAUCCUGCAUUGUGUGAAAACUAUAAGGUCCAGCAAGGACACUCUGCCAGUUGACGUUGAAAUAAACUGCGUCGCGUUUAAGAAACUAAACAGAUGCAAAGGUUGUCACAAACGAUUUUGGCUGAGCUCGUGUUUGCAGCAACACGAGAAAGUAUGUGGCCGACUGAAAUGCUUGAUACGUAAAAAAGAGGAUGCAUCUUGCAUAAAACGUGAAUCUUCGUCUCCUAAAAAAUCGAGUAUUAACAAAAGUGAGUCGAGUAGUAACAAAAUCGACAGAGUAGGAACACCUGAUCUAGAAAGAAUGCUGGCUGCCCUGGAUGGGACAGCAACUGUGGAAAAUUCGGCCUCAAGUAUGCCUGUUUUAAAAAGCAAUAAUUCCAAUUACUCUUCCUCGAUCCAGAAAAGGAUGCUUAACGGGAUUGCAUGCGUGAAGGGCUACGAAACUACUAACAUAGAGAAAACGAAGUUCCCUUGCACCAUUUGUGGAAUACAGUUCCAGAUAUUUCAGAAUUUGUGCAUACACGAGCGUACAUACUGUCAACCAGCCACUACCAAAUGUAACCAUUGCAAUAUAGCAUUUUCUACUAAAAAAUUAUUGCAACAACACGUGCUUGCUGCUCACACACCAUCAUACAAGAAGAAUUGUAAGCUAUUUUGCAGAUUUUGUAAUCAGGGAUUCAAUAAGAAAAAGAAGCUUCGAAUGCACGAAGGACACUUCCAUAAUAAACAGGAUGUUACACCAGCGCUAAACGUCAACCAUAAUUGUAAACUAAUCUGUAAUAUAUGUCACUUGCUGUUCAAAUCUCACGAACACUUUAUUGAACACAACAUAUAUUACUCUAAGGAUCAAAGCUAUUUAUGUUCAAUAUGUGACAAAUCGUUUUUAGGGCUAUAUCAGCUUCAUCAUCAUCACAAGUUUAAGCAUUAUCCGGAUAAAGUACGAAAAUUGUACUCUUACAAAUGUAAUGUUUGUAACGAAGGCUUCAACUAUGAAUCGCACUUUCAUGCACAUAAGUUACAUGUCCAUUUAGACGAUUCGUCCGCUACCAAAUUGAACAAGUCGCACCAAACUGUUCAUGCAAGCUGA